ACAUAAACAUCAUCCAGGUGGUAACCUACUUGGAUGAUUGAAAUGAAGAAGAUGGAUAUGAAAAGGUUGUGCCUUGUAUUGGCUCUCCUGCUUCUCUUCUUGCAAGCUAGCAUAGCCCAGUCUCAAGGCAAAGGCAAUGGGAAUGGCAAUAAUGGCAACAACAAUGGGAAUGGCAAUAAUGGCAACAACAAUGGGAAUCACAACAAUGGCAACAACAACGGGAAUGACAACAAUGGGAACGGGAAUGGAAAUGACAAUAAUGGCAACAACAACGGGAAUGACAACAAUGGGAAUGUGAAUGGAAAUGGCAAUAAUGGCAACGACAAUGGGCAUGGCAAUAAUGGCAACAACAACGGGAAUGACAACAAUGGGAAUGGGAAUGGAAAUGGCAAUAAUGGCAACAACAACGGGAAUGGCAAUGGCAAGGAGAGCAAUAAAGAUAUCACACACUACAAAAUGUUGUCAAAAGUACCAACAACGGGGCAAGAACGCGCCUUCUGCAAAGCCAAGGGAGCUUGUUACUACAAGACACUCACCUGCCCUGCUGAGUGCCCUGAGAGGAAGCCCAAGAAGAACAAGAAGAAGAAGGGGUGCUUUAUCAACUGUGGUAGCAAGUGUGAAGCUGUCUGCAAAUGGAGAAAGCCCAAGUGCAGUGGCUAUGGCUCUCUGUGCUAUGACCCGCGCUUCGUGGGGGGCGAUGGAGUCAUGUUCUACUUCCAUGGAGCAAAAGGGGCAGACUUUGCAAUAGUCUCAGAUGAAAACCUGCACAUCAAUGCACACUUCAUAGGGACAAGACCACAAGGGAGGACUCGCGAUUUUACCUGGGUUCAAGCUCUUGCUGUCAUGUUUGAUUCCCACACUCUAGUCCUUGCAGCAAAGAGAGUCUCAAAAUGGGAUGACAGUGUGGAUUCCCUCAUGGUGAAGUGGGAUGGGGAGACUGUAAAUGUCCCCACAGAUGGGGAAGCUGAGUGGAGAAUUAACACAGGAGAAAGAUCAGUGGUGGUUGAGAGAACAGAUGAUGUUAACACAGUGAAACUCACAGUCUCUGGGCUCCUAGAAUUGGCUGCUAAGGUUGUCCCCAUAGGAGAACAAGAAAACAGGUCUCACAACUACCAGAUACCUGCAGAUAAUGCUUUUGCUCACCUGGAAACACAGUUCAAGUUCCUCGCUCUCUCGGAUUCUGUGGAAGGAGUUCUGGGCAAGACUUACCAGCCAGGAUACGAGAGCCCGGUGAAGAGAGGCGUGGCUAUGCCUAUGAUGGGCGGGGAAGACAAAUACCAAACCCCAUCACUCUACUCACCUCUCUGCAAGCAUUGCAGGUUCCAGAGACCUUCUGGGAUUAGCACAAUGUAAUAAUAAUAACAACAUAAUGAUUGAUUAUCAAUAAAUGUACUAAAGAAUAAAGAAAUUCUUUCUAAUUGUCAUUAAACUGCUGGAUGAAGUAAUGAAUAUGCUUU